AUGGCCAAGUCCGCUGCCCCUCCGCCGCCGUCCUCUCCCCAGACCUCCAGCCACCUCUAUCUUCUCACCCAGAGCCAGCACCAGGACACCGACCCUGAGGUGGAGCAGCCGCGGCCAGACGAUGACGUCGAUGAUGCUGACGACGAGCCAGCCAAGAAAAGGGCGCGAGCGCGUCGCGAGUGGGCGGCCAGCGACGAGGUCACCAUCCUGGAGGCGCUCAUCGCGCACCGCCGCCAGCACAGUGAGCUGCCGGAGAGGUCCGACAACGACUUCUUCCAAGCACUGGCCGAGCGUCUCGAGGACACGAGGCGGCAGCCUCUGCAGAUCAAAGACAAGGUCAAGAGUCUCGAGCGCCGCUACUUCUCUGCCACCGGCCACCGCCGUGCCUCCAGCUCGAGCCACGACAAGCGGCUCAACCAGCUCUCGGCUGAGAUCUGGGGCGAUUUGCCGCUCGACGACGACGGUAGUGCUCACGUCGGUAAUAAUGGUGGUGGUGAUCGCCGGGCCAAGAUGUGCAAGAUGUUCCCACUCGUAGCGCAGAAGGUGAAUGAUCUCGCCCAAGUGCAGCCUGCGGUCAAAAGGCUCUUUCCUUCGCUUGCCGAUGCUCCACUUCGCUUGUUGGAGAAUCGUCUCGAGAAAAUAAGAUGGUCUGAAAUGAAUAUCGAUGUUAGGCUUGAGCGGAUGCUGCUCAGGGCUUCAAAGAGGGCUUCAACAACAAGGGCUUCAAAAAAGGAUUCAAAGAAGAAGAAGAAAUAGUCACAUCUGUUUACUUUUCUUGAGUGAAUAAAAGAAAUAAUUAAGGUUUCCAUGCAAUGCAUACUAGUUUGUGUAAUCCGGCCACCAUCACCUUGUUUUGUUUUAAACUCGAUCAAUGGGCGUAACAAGUUCAAAAUA